CCUUGCACUUCUACCAAGACUAGAGCAGAGCUAAGAAAUCGAGUUCCAAGGCUGCUCUUCUAUGAAGCAGGUCUACUAUCACCUCCAGCUGUGUGGGGCGCUGUAUCUUUAGAAAAGGAACAGUGAUAGGAAACACUUUAUCAAACCUGGACCUGUAAAAAAAAUCUUACCUUGGGAAAAUUCCUCCUCAGCCUUCCUGUAUUUUGAUGCUAUGUGUGAGUCCAGUUCUGAGCUGCUAGUGACACAAAGCAGCACAGUCCAAAAGAAUUUCCUACAGCAGAAAUGUAAAAAACAAGGAGGCUCAAGCUGAGUGAUCUCAGAGGGAUCAGUGACUUGUCAGGUUCUUGCACAUAAAGAUGGAUUAGUCUCCAUGGAAAUCUAAAGUGCUAAAACACCCAACAAGACUGAUGUAAGCUAGCUCUUGUCACUAUGGAGAUAUUACUUCAUGCCAGGUGUUUUCAGCGCCUAGCAAUUCCUGGUCCUGUGAGAAUCAUCUAUAAAGAUUAUAGAACAGUGACCCCUCAGAAUUUUUCCAGCUAUGAGUCCAUGAAACAGGAUUUCAGAUUAGAGGUUCCAGAGUAUUUCAACUUUGCUAAAGAUGUUCUGGACCAAUGGACCAACACGGAAAAGGCUGGAAAAAGACUUUCCAAUCCAGCCUUCUGGUGGAUAAAUGGAAGUGGAGAAGAGGUGAAGUGGAGUUUUGAGGAACUGGGAUCUUUAUCUAGGAAAUUUGCCAACAUACUUACAGAAGCCUGUUCCCUACAAAAGGGAGAUAGAGUAAUUGUGAUUCUGCCCAAGAUCCCAGAGUGGUGGCUUGCAAAUGUGGCCUGCCUGCGAACAGGGACAGUUUUAAUUCCAGGAACCACUCAACUGACCCAGAAAGACAUCCUCUACAGACUACAGUCUUCGAAAGCAAAGUGCAUUAUUACUGAUGAUGUGUUAGCCCCAGCAGUAGAUGUUGUGGCACCUAAAUGUGAAAAUCUCCACUCCAAGCUAAUUGUGUCUCAGCACUCCAGAGAAGGGUGGGGAAACCUCAAGGAGAUGAUGAAAUAUGCCAGUGACAACCACACUUGUGUGAACACAAAACAUAAUGAGAUGAUGGCCAUCUACUUUACUAGUGGGACAACUGGACCGCCUAAGAUGAUUGGACACACCCACAGCAGUUUGGGUUUAGGAUUAUCUGUAAAUGGAAGGUUCUGGCUGGAUUUGAUACCCUCAGAUGUGAUGUGGAAUACUUCAGACACAGGCUGGGCAAAGUCUGCAUGGAGUAGUGUUUUUUCUCCAUGGAUUCAAGGAGCAUGUGUAUUUGCACACUAUUUGCCCCGUUUUGAGCCAACUUCUAUCUUACAGACACUUUCCAAGUUUCCCAUCACAGUCUUCUGUUCUGCGCCAACUGCCUAUCGAAUGCUUAUACAGAAUGAUAUGACCAGCUAUAAGUUCAAAAGUUUAAAGCACUGUGUGAGUGCUGGAGAACCAAUCAACCCUGAAGUAACAGAACAAUGGAGAAAGAGGACAGGCUUAGACAUCUACGAAGGAUACGGACAGACGGAAACGGUGCUAAUCUGUGGAAAUUUCAAGGGAAUGAAAAUGAAGCCUGGCUCAAUGGGAAAGCCUUCUCCUGCUUUUGAUGUGAAGAUUUUAGAUGAAAAUGGCACUGCUCUUCCUCCUGGACAAGAAGGGGAUAUUGGUAUUCAAGUUCUACCUGACCGACCAUUUGGCCUUUUCACUCAUUAUAUAGAUAAUCCCUCAAAAACAGCUUCAACUCUCCGGGGAAAUUUCUACAUCACAGGAGACAGAGGGUAUAUGGAUGAAGAUGGUUAUUUCUGGUUUGUUGCAAGAUCAGAUGAUAUCAUACUAUCCUCUGGUUACCGAAUUGGACCAUUUGAGGUAGAAAGCGCCCUGAUAGAACACCCUUCAGUUGCAGAGUCAGCUGUUGUCAGCAGCCCAGACCCCAUCAGAGGAGAGGUAGUAAAGGCUUUUAUUGUUCUGAACACUGAUUACAAGUCACAUGAUCAGGAACAACUGAAGAAGGAGAUUCAGGAGCAUGUGAAAAAGACUACCGCACCUUACAAAUACCCCAGGAAGGUAGAAUUCAUUGAAGAGCUACCAAAGACUGUGAGUGGGAAGGUAAAAAGAAAUGAACUGAGGAAGAAAGAAUGGAAAACAGUUUAAAUUCUUCCCACUAACUGCCCUAGCAACUAUAAAACAAACUGGUAGAAAUCUGACGGAACAAGCUUGCUUCUAAAUGGAAUUUAAAAUAUUUUGUAGUUUUGACAUCAGAGGAUGGCUUUUGAACUCAAAUUGUGAAUUCUUCGGCAUUAAUGUCACUGUUCUUCUGAACUGCUAACAUAAAGAGAAUCAUCAGUUGCGGAGACACUUUAAAAUGUUUUAGAAGCAGUUUCUGAAGCAAAUCUCUGCCCCACUGGUUUUCAAAACUUACUUGAGCAAUUUCAGUAGGUUGAUAAACAAACCAGAAUCAAUCUUUAAGCCAUGAACAAAAAGGCUAAGUUCCUUGCAAGUUCUUAGAAAGCUAAAAAAUAUCAGUAGGAAGAUUAUUAAUUCUUAGAAUAUUUAUCUAAAAGUUGACUAGGGACUUAUUAGUUAUAUGUUUAUCCAAUUUAUUCAAAUAAUUUAGUUCAAAACUUGUUUCAAGGUCGAACUACAAAAGACAGAGGUCAUGUACUAUUGUUGCUUAUUAAAUAUAGUUUAUAAAAAUA